CUCUAUGGUCGAUGGCGCUCGGUUGUCCUUCCGGGGUGAUUGCCACAGCUUCCAGUGCGGCCGCGGCGUGGGAUUGCUGUGUCCCGGCUCCCUCCGGUCCUGGGUUGCUGCAUUCCCUGCCACUAUGAGCUUCCUCAAAAGCUUUCCUCCGCCAGGGCCUGCCGAGGGGCUCCGGCAGCAGCAGCCAGACACCGAGGCUGUGCUGAACGGGAAGGGCCUCGGCACCGGUACCCUUUACAUCGCCGAGAGCCGCCUGUCUUGGUUAGAUGGCUCCGGAUUGGGAUUCUCACUGGAGUACCCCACCAUUAGUUUACAUGCUGUAUCCAGGGACCUAAAUGCCUAUCCACGAGAGCAUUUGUAUGUUAUGGUAAAUGCCAAAUGUGGAGAAGAAUCAAAAGAAUCUGUGGCUGAUGAAGAACAAGAAGACAGUGAUGAUGAUGUUGAACCUAUUACUGAGUUUAGAUUUGUGCCUAGUGAUAAAUCAGCAUUGGAGGCAAUGUUCACUGCAAUGUGUGAAUGCCAGGCCUUGCAUCCAGAUCCUGAGGAUGAAGAUUCAGAUGAUUAUGAUGGAGAAGAAUAUGAUGUGGAAGCACAUGAACAAGGACAAGGGGAUAUCCCUACAUUUUACACCUAUGAAGAAGGAUUAUCCCAUUUAACAGCAGAAGGCCAAGCCACAUUGGAGAGAUUAGAAGGAAUGCUUUCUCAGUCUGUGAGCAGCCAGUAUAAUAUGGCUGGGGUCAGGACAGAAGAUUCAAUAAGAGAUUAUGAAGAUGGGAUGGAAGUGGAUACUACACCAACAGUUGCUGGACAGUUUGAGGAUGCAGAUGUUGAUCACUGAAAAUGGUUUAUGUUGUUUGAAGAUUCUGCUCAUAAGUGUAGAAGAGAACUUGGUGCCUCUUCCACUCUGGAGUGGGUUGAUGAAAAAAAGUCUUUUUCCUUCUCCAAAACUCACCUGAACCAGUUCUUUCUUGAGACAGACUGUACUGAGACAAGUUGUCACCAGCAGAGUUUUAUUAACAAAGGUGAAUUAACUUAACCAAGAGGGUAUUUGUAGUUCAUUAUCUACCCCAAAACUUCCUGUGUCUAGGGUACCCUCUGGGGAAGCCUGUCAUUCUUGCGUUCACUGAGUGCAUCUUCUGUUAGCUAGCAGGCCUGUGGGGUGAAAACACACAGGAGCUUGGAGGUACGGGUAGACUAGGUGAGAGAGACAGGUUGAAGCUAAGAAAUGCUUCUUUGAGGCUUAAGGAUACUCAUACUCCUAAAAAGAAAGAUCUCAGAGGAAUCCUAGCCUCUGCUCAUUCUUCACACAGACAAGAGUCUUCUAUUAAUUUGGGGCCCAGAUUAAUUAAUUCAGGCGUUUCUAGGUAACCUCUUUAGUGAUAUCCCAGACGCGUACGCUACCACUGACACAAGUACUUCUGACUAGUUUUUGCUCCUUUCUCCCUGUUUCAUCAGUCUGCUCUGUUAGAACCUCUUCAGUUGUAUCCUUUACUUUCCAACAUCUUAAGUUAGUUCUGUAACGGAAAAAGUGAAACUGAGAUGAAAUCCUCAAAGUACUCCAAAUGGUAAUUGUUUUGUCUUUGUAAUAGCUUAACAAAUAAAUCUAGGUUUUCUAUAUUA